AAGCAAGAUGGUGUUGCGUUACAGAAAAAGAGAUGCGCAAAUGUCAAGACAUGGCCCGAGCUGCACGCUCCAUAACGAGCUUCUCUAUUCCUAUGAACAUCACAUGCGUGAGAGGACAGAAUGUAACGCACUGCAUGUCACGCAUUUCUAAGAAUGAGGCAGACCUAGUCACGUUGCAUGAAGCCGAUAUUUACACUGCAGGGAGAGAUUUUGAUUUACUUCCAGUAGUAGGAGAAGAUUAUGGUCAUACAAUACACACGAGCUAUUUUGUGGUAGCACUAAUACUGAAAGAUGCCGAUCCUUCACUGACAAUCAAGACAUUAAGAGGAGCUAUCACGUGUCAUCCACGUGCUGGAGAUACCGCUGGCUGGAUAGUACCGAUGGGAUUUCUGAUAGAUGAAAAGAUGUUGUCUUGGAAGAGUUGUAAUACGUAUUUGUCUGCCGGGGCGUACUUUGAGAAGAGCUGCGUACCAGGAGUGUUUUCCUCCAAGUACGAUCCUCAACACGAAAACCCUCGUAACUUAUGCUGGGCCUGCAACAAGCCAUCUUGUCCUGACAAAACUGAAAGGUACUAUGGAUAUAAUGGUUCGUAUACGUGUCUAGUCGAGAAGAAAGGUCAGGUCGCGUUCGUAAGGCAUAGCACAGUCUUCGAAUUUACUGGAAUCAAUAACGACUUGAAUCCUGGGAUGGAUUUCAGGCUUCUUUGUCCGGAUGGCAGUCGUAAAGAAGUUGGAGAUUACGAGACAUGCAGCUUGGCUAGAAUUCCUGCUGGAGCCGUAAUGACGAGAGAUAAUGGUAAAGAGUACUUUAGAACACGUGGCUACAGAAUAUUCCUCUUGGAGCUCGACGAACACCUCCGAAAUAAGACACAAUCCUUCGAAAUGUUCAACUCUACCCCAUACGGGGAUGCGGAUGUCCUCUUUAAGGAUUCAACACUCAAACUAGUCGAUGUUAGCCACAGAAACACCACAGAUAAAUGGCUAGGAACGCGAUAUAAGAAAAUACUGGACACACUAGAGUCAUGUGGUAAAGAUGUCCAAUUAGCUGCUCAAUCCAAUGGACCAAUUAGCAAGCCCCAUUUCUGGAGAAGGGUUAUACUAGGACUCUUUAUGAGCUUGUUUUUGUUCAAAAGAUAAAGUUACCGAAUUGAUAUUGCGCGGAGGAAAACUGGUAACGAGUAGGACACGUACUGAAUCGUGGAAAUCUUUUAGGAGACGCUAUUUUUUCAAUAUGGCGGAAAGCUUAGAAACUCUCUUGAAAGACCAAUAGGCUUGUUACAACUGAUCUUAUAGGCUUAUAUAUAAUAGAUGUACUAAAGACAUAGAGUUUUUCAAUAAUCAAAGGAAGUGCGCACCUCUCCCUGGUCAGGAAAGGGCAAGUCGCGCCAGUUGCUCAGAAGAACUACUGAACGCUUGAGUAAUUAAGCUCAGCAGUAACGUUUUUUUGAACAUGCGCAGUCAUGUUAGGUUACGUGGUGCGCUUCUUAAACUCCUGCCCAGUCUCUUCUGAGAUAUAUAUGGUCUAAGCUAAUUACAUUAGCAUCCAAAUAUGGAUGUGUACGAUGUUACCAAUGAUUUUUUAACUCAGACGAAUUGAUGUUGUUAGGAUUUAAACAUUUUUAGGACUUCUUUACUUUAAUAGUUUAUUUAAGAAAAGCAAUCAAAUACUUAUAAACACUUUGAAAUUAUAUUCUUUAAGUAUGAAUCUAUAAAUCUAGUCACUGUAUUACGAGCUAAAUAAAAUUAUGCUCUUUAUACGCAAAAUUACGGUGGCCCACAAGUCUCACUGCAAAAUAAAAACUCACGGCAAAACAAACUAAACUCACGGCAAAACAAACUAAACUCACGGCAAAACAAACUAAACUCACGGCAAAACAAACUAAAAAGGCAAUAAAUUCACGGCAAAAUAAACUAAAAAGGCAAUAAAUUCACGGCAAAAUAAACUUAACUCACGGCAGAAUUAAGAAAGCCACGGCAAAAUAAACUAAACUCACGGCAGAACAAAGAAAGCCACGGCAGAAUACAAUAAAGGUUGUGGUGGGCAACGACGUAUUGGGUUUCCUGUUGAUUUUUUUACCGCGAGCAAUUUGUCAGGGCCACCGUACAAAAUACAAUGGGAUCUUUUGGUAAGCCUUUGCACAAGUUUUCUAGCUUUGAGCCUUUAUGCACACGACAGGCGGACAGUUUACGCUCUUAGAGCGUGUUGUUUAAAAGAAGCAGAAAAUGGAAUAAACAGAGCCUAUCUUGUUAGCCUAUACUGUUAGCGAUCCUAUAACGUAAAUAAAACGAAACUUGACAAGGGAAAGUUAAAUGCAAA